AUGAGUCAAAGCAAUAUUUAUUAAUCUCCAUAGAGAGGAGGAGGUGGAAUAACUGAUUCUGCAUACACAGGUUAUCCUGCAAAUACUGGGUUUAAUUAUGGAAAUAUAUCUCCCAAUAAAAAUACUAUUUCUAGAUUGUAAAACUAGAAUUUGAUCACAGAUGGCGAUCAAGCAUAGUUAACAGUGAAUCCUCGUAUUGUUUACCUUCGUAAACUUUAUUUUGCCCUUUUCAUGUAAUUAUUAAUCAUCGGUAUCUUUGCUUUCUUCGUACAUCUUUACGAAAAUCUUCGUGUUCACUUAUAAUAAAAUUAUGUUUAUUUCUGGGUAUCUUUAGCUGGAGCAGCUAUUAUUGGUAUUUUAGGACUUUUCUUCCGUCAAGCCAUUCGCAAGUCUCCUAUAAAUUACAUUUGCAUGUUCCUUUGGACAAUAUUCUUUGGUACUAUUCUCGUAUAUGCAGUUUCUAUCAACAAAGAUUCUAUUGUUGGUUUGAUGGUAUUCGUUUUAUUAGCCUCACUCAUGCUCAGUUAAUUCCUUUAUACUUUGACUGUAAGAUAUGAGCUCACUUACUAAGGAACUACAUUGUUUGUAUUUGGUGCUUAAAUCCUUAACUUCCAUAUAUUCACUCUUUUCACUAAUCUCAGUUUCUAUUAAAUGGUCAUUAUAUCAUUCUUUGGAUUUAUCUUUGCUUUCUACUUAAUUUUUGAUACUUAAUCAAGAGUAGCUGGACCAGACUAUGACUUUAAUAAGGAGGAAUGGAGAUCAGGAACUGUCUUGGUAUAUAUGGAUGUCUUCCUCUUAAUUCUUCGUAUAGGAGACCUUCUCAGAACAAUGUUAACUAAAAAGCAAGACUGA